AUGACUUUCAUUCGCUCGACGCUGGGGCGGAAUCUGGCCUUUUGGAAACGGUGGGUCCAGCCAGCCCAUCAAUCCCCCAACUCGAACGCCGUGCUGGCCUGGACAGAGGCAGAGGAUCAAGAACUUGAACUUGAACUUCCAAGUUGGAGCUUGACCUCGCGCAACACAACCGGACUCUUCAUUUUUGGCGAAAGUUUGAACGGAAGCGCAGUCAAUUCGUCCUCGUCCCCGACCAUACGCCGGCCUUUCGGCGUCACAAAGACGGCCUUCACGGUUGACCUCCCUAGCUGCCUCCUGCGAGACCGAGACAUUCAGUUCCAUCCGUGUCCCUAAUACAGCACACAACUGCACAAUGGCCCAAACACCGCAGCAGAGGAGGGCGAACCUCAAGUUCGCCAAGGAGCAGGAGGCGCGCAUGGGCAAGUCGGAGGAGCAGCUCAAGAAGCGGAAUAAGACUGUGCCCAAGUCGCCCAUCUCCCCCGUCUGGGUCGCCCUCCUCGGUUUCGCCGUCAUUGGCGGUCUGAUCUUCGAAGUCAUCUCGCGCAUCUUCCUUCGGUGAUUUGGUUCUCGGACGCGGAGAAGAAAGUGUUUUGCCUUGAGACACGGUUAAAUGGACUGGGAGGAUACACAAAAGUAUUGCGCUAGGUGUUAGA